GUGGUGGAAGAACGCGGCUCUCUGUCGGUACAAUACAUCAUGCCGAAGCCCACACCCGUCGAGGACUUGGUAAUACCACCGCAAGACCAAAAGAUAUGCGGGACGAUAUGCGUGUGUCAAAUGACAGCAGUGCUGAGCGCUGUGUCACUCGUGUACCUCACAGUGGCCAUAUACAUGCCGUAUACGCGCGCGAUCGCAUCAGGUAUCGACCCCACGCCAAUCAUGUGCACCACAACACGAGCCGUCAACAAAGACAACUGCGAUUGGGGCUCCUGUGGCGAGUGGUGCCUUAGCAAAACCUCUGGCGCGUGCAUACAAAUCUACGUAAAUGUUCGCAAAAAUGGAUCGUCGCUAUUGCUAUCCGAAUGCGGGAGUGCUGCUAACAAAACUUGCUAUGGAAUCGACCAAGAGAACGCCAAGAAGUAUCAUUGCAUCCGCGAUGAGUGCAAGAAUCUCACAGGCACUUUCAACUGUACGGAAGGGAAAUGUAUAAACAUAACGGACGCCUUCGAGUGUGCAUUCAGAGAAACAGACCCACCGUUAAAGUGCUCCGGUAGAAGAGGAAAAAUUACUUGUAUAGACGUUCACGGUUUGUUUUAUUGUAACAGAGGAACUUGUAGAAAGAUACGAACGCCUUACAAUUGCGACAGGCGCUGUGUUGACAUACCGACCCGUAAUAAAAACGUCAUAGUUCUUAGUGGUGAUAGAGUGUUUCUGGCGAAAUGUGCGAAACUUUCCCAAGAAGAAGGGGGGCAAGUGGUCUGGAAUGACUCUGGGGAGGAAGUGUUGAUGUUGUCGUGUCAUGCGGUACACAAUGGCACGUCCGGGGUCGUGGCGGUCGACUGCAUCAAUGCCGCAUUGCUGCCGCGCUCUGACAUAUCAGACUUGACUAAUUUCACAUACCUUCAGUAUUUGUAUACUUCGAAAGCUACGCCUAAUCGUCUCAUUGCUCCUUCUGAGGUUGAACUUACUAUGGCCAAUGACAGUCGUUUGAUGAUUAACUUGGAAGGCUGCGUUAACACUUUAGCUGACGAAUGCAAAGAGUUCUUGAAAGAUUAUGGACGCGACGGCACCGAUCAUAAUGCGAAAGCUAGAUUUCCUUGCUUUUAUAUGGAGAAUAGUCCAGAUACAGUCGUGGCAAGAUUCGAUUUGGAAACGACGUAUCGUCAGUUUUUGGUAGCAUUAGUUCUUCCUACAGUGCUGGUGGUGGUUUCGUGUAUAACUUUGAUGUUGUGCCAGACUACUGUGGAAGUGGGCGAUGACGCCAAGAUGCGGUUCAAGAGCUGCACCAGCGGUCAGGCUGAAAUGCAGAUGUCUCCGAACGAUCCUGUUUCCCCACUCUGA